GUCUGUUCAGGAUUUCCUUGCGACCUCUCAAGUGCACUCUUCGCCCUACUAUAGCAGCACCGUCCCUCGCAUUAUCUGACAAUGGCGCAACAGACUCCCGUCCUCCCUCCUGGCUGGACAGCCCAGUGGGAUCCACAAGCGGGUCGUACGGUCUACGUCGAGGCUUCCACCGGUCGCUCAAGCUGGCAGCCACCUGCUCCUCCCGGAGGCCGUCCAACCCACCCCCAAGGCGCAGCCAGGAUGUCCAUGCCACCCAUGCAAGGGCCACCUGGCAUGAGGCCCCCUAUGGAUUCCCCCGGAUUCACGGGCGGUGACAGCUCUGCCUCUCCAGCCCUUUCUCCCGCAGCGCCGGGCAUCCAGACUUCGAAGAGGAGAGCCUACCCAACUGCUCAUCUCGCCUCCAACAGUGUCAGCUACAGCGGCGGCUUCGAUCCUGGAGCCCAGCAGGCAGGUGGAGGAUACGGUGGCCCUGGUAAUGUAGCGUCCCCCAUGGCUCCUAUCGCCGAGACGCAAGGGCAGUACUUUACUCCUGGUGCCCCCGAGAUGACUGCUCCCGUUGGCUACCAAGGAGGCCAGGCACCUGGAGCUCCUUACGGCAAUGGUCAGGCAGGCGCCGGAUAUCAGGCUGGAGCAGGCGCAGGAGGGAUGGGAGGACUUGCCAACCAGUUCGCCAACAUGGGAGUGGGCGCCGGCAUGGGCAAAGGGAACCCGCUCUACACCGUCAACCUCACUACGAUGCAGCCAAAUGUCAAUGACAUUGAGAAGGCGCCUCCAACAAUUCAGCUGCCUGCCAAUGCAUGCGUCAGUCAACACCCGAAAGCGAAUGCAGACCCUUCGUACCAGCGGUGCACCAUGAAUGCUGUGCCGACGACCUCAUCCCUCUUGAACAAGUCAAAGUUGCCCCUAGGUAUCGUGUUGUCCCCUCAUCGCAGUGUGCGGGAGCAAGAUGGAGACGAGCCGGUCCCGGUAGUUUCGGACUCUGUGAUUGCAAGGUGUAGGCGAUGCCGAACGUACAUCAAUCCCUACGUCCAAUUCAUCGAGGGAGGCAACAGAUGGAAGUGCUGCAUGUGCAACAUUGCAAAUGAGGUACCGCAACUCUUCGACUGGGAUCAGGAAAAGAAUCAGCCAGCAGAUCGUUGGCAGAGGCCUGAGCUCAACCACGCCGUUGUGGAGUUCAUUGCCCCUCGAGAGUACAUGGUGCGACCUCCUCAGCCUCCUAUCUACAUCUUCCUCAUCGACGUCAGCCACCAGGCCAUGCAGAGUGGCAUGGUCGCGACUGCUGCUCGUACCAUUCUGGACACCCUGCCUCGUCUCCCAAACGAGAAUGACCGAACCAAAGUCAGCAUCGUUGCAGUGGACACCAGCUUGCACUUCUUCUGCCUCCCUCCUGGAGGCACCGAGCCCGAGAUGCUCGUCGUCAGCGAUCUCGAGGACGUUUAUCUCCCCAAGCCCAACGACAUUCUUGUCAACCUCACUGAAUGCCGAGCUGGUAUCGAAACGCUCCUCACCAGGAUCAGUGACAUGUUCAAGGACAACUCUGUUGCUGGCUCUGCACUGGGUGCAGGUCUGCAGGCGGCAUACAAGCUUGCCGCGCCUACCGGAGGAAAGAUCAUCACCCUUACAGCAACUCUACCCAGCGUUGGACCCGGCGCGCUCAAGCGGCGAGACGAUCCGAAGCUGCUGGGCACUGCUAAAGAGAGUACUUUGCUCAGUGCUGGAUCUCAAUUCUACAAGACCUUUCCAAUCGACUGCUCACGUUCUCAGGUGUCUGUGGACAUGUUCCUCUUCUCUGCCGCGUACACUGAUGUGGCCACUCUCGCGUGUCUGCCAAGGUAUACCGGUGGUCAGACGUACUUCUACCCGGCCUUCCAUGCUGCACGCUCAGAAGAUGCGGUGAAGCUGUCACACGAGCUCUCCCACGUGCUGUCCUCACCCAUCAGCUACGAAGCUGUGCUACGACUGCGAGCUACAAAGGGUCUCAGGGCCAUUGGCUUCCACGGUAACUUCUUUGUCCGGUCAACGGAUCUCCUCGCACUCCCUGCUGUACCUCUGGAUCAGAGCUACGCCAUUGAGUGUGAGAUCGAAGAGACGAUCACUGCGCCCUUUGUCGUCUUCCAGUCUGUGGUUCUGCACAGUGCCAACAAUGGCGAGCGAAGGAUUCGAGUCUGCAAUUUGGCCCUUCCUACGACGACUAGCAUGUCAGAGGUCUAUGCAAGCGCGGAUCAAGUUGCAAUUGCGACUCUGCUCGCCAACAAGGCGGUGGAGAGGUCUAUGCACGCUCGCUUGGAGGACGCAAGGGACGCUCUGACGAAUAAGCUCGUCGAUGUGCUGACGACGUACAAGAGUACUAUGACUGCAGCAGGUAGCGGUGCCUCUGCCCAGCUGAGCAUUGCCAGCAACAUGGCUCUCCUGCCGCUGCUCAUCCUGUCACUGCUCAAGCACGUCGGUAUUCGCGCCAGCUCCCAGAUCCCUCCCGAUUUGCGGGCCUACGCACAAGCACUCUUGACGACUCUGCCACCUCAACUCCUCGUACCUUAUAUUCACCCAAACUUCUACUGUCUCCACAACAUGCCUGCUGAUGUUGGAAGCAUCCAUGCAGAGUCUGGCGCCUUUGUCAUGCCUCCGAAGCUCAAUCUCACCUCGGAGCGGAUGGAACGUCACGGACUCUACCUCAUCGAGGAUGGCCAGAACAUCUUCCUCUGGGUGGGUCGAGAUGCUGUGCCUCAAUUGACCAUUGACGUCUUUGACGCGGCCAAUUACGCCGCUCUACGAGGCGGCAAGGUGGCUCUGCCGACUCUGGAGAACAGCAUGAACAAGAGGGUGAAUGCAGUCGUGGACCGUAUCAGGACAUCGAGAAGAGGUCCUUAUCGCCCUUCUUUGUACAUUGUCAAGGAGGAUGGAGAGCCUUCAUUGAGGCUGUGGGCCCUGAGCUUGCUGGUGGAAGAUCGAUUCGAGGCGGGACCUUCCUACUCGCAGUUCCUGGGCACCCUCAGGUCAAAGGUCAAUGGUAGCUCUUAA